GUUGCUGACGGCCAGCUAGCUGACGACGUCGGCGGGUUGCGCGCCAGUGCAAGUGCAUGUGCCAGGUGCAUAAAAGUGAAGUGAGUGCGCUAGUCACUAAUGCCGGCUUAGCCCCCGGCUAUGGGCUGCAACUUGUGGGCUACAACAGCGGCGUGGACGUUCCUGUAUAUAGUGCAAGUACUAAGUGCAGACAGCAGCCUCUUCCAAGAUUUGGGGCUCAGCACCCUUCCGGACGUCACCAAGAUCAACAUAAGCCAGGACGAGUACACUCGGAUGAUGAGCCUGUAUCUUGACAGCCGACAACAACAUUCAACAGAAGAUUCCAUUCCUAAGCUUAUCACAUUCUACGCUGUGAAGAGGGAUUGGUGGCCAAAUCGAGAAGACUCGCGGCUGAAAUUUCCGAUCCGACCCAGCAGUCAGGAAAUGGAGGUAGAGAGUGCCCAACUUCGCAUUUUGGCACCUGCUUUUGUCGACGGCCACUCGACGGCGGUCCGCAUCCAAGUAAACCAAGUUUUGGGCGUGAGGCGACGAAGGCUGGUGGACGAAAAAGUCAUCUACCUGUCACCAAACUUGACCAAAUGGUGUGAAUUUGAAGUGACAAGUGCAGUGCAAUCCUGGUUUAACGGGGAAAGGAACUUAGGUUUAGAACUAGUUUGCAUUGACUGUAGAAAUAAUUACUUGAAACCUGUAGAAGCCGCAAUUAGUGCUUUAGUUUACCCGGAACAUAGACGUUUCCGACGCGCAAGUUCUCCAUAUCAGCCGGCGAGACGCACAGACUGUAGGGAAUCCAGGAAGGGGACGAAGCGAAAGUGUUGCAGGCACAACAUGAUCGUCAAGUUCGCUGAGCUGAAGUUCCCGGAAAUGGUCUCCAUAGUCCAGCCCAAAUCUUACGAGGCUGGGUUCUGCCAGGGGCAGUGUCCACCUAACUAUAACCAUGCCACGAACCACUCGCGGAUUCAAAGUCUACUUCACCAAAUGGACCGCAAAAAUGCCAAACGCUUAAACCGAAGAGCUAUACCCAAAGCUUGCUGCACUCCUUCCAAGCUUGAACCCUUAGAGAUACUUAGGGUUAAUCCCAGUGAUAAUACCAAGCUUAUUGUAGAAAAGUGGGAUAAUAUGCAAGUUAUUGAAUGUGCGUGUUCCUAGUGUAGAUAUGCCAAAGACAUAUUUUUUAAAACAUUACGGGUCAAUUGAGCAUUUCUGCAUUGAAUUUUCAACUAUUGUUUCUGUGAUAUACGUAUUGUACAUUGUGUCAUCUGUCAGUUAUAUUUAUAAUUUUUCAUUGUUAAUGUAU